ACUCAAUUUAUACUGGAUGAUAGCUUAGAUGCUGCUCUUCAAAAAUAUAUGGACCCUGCCUCCUUACCUUAAAAUACAACAAGAAUAAAAAACAAAAUAAAAAUGGAGCCGUUACUUAUGAAACACCCUUUAUAUGUUUUUUUCUUUCUUUUCUUUUGUCUUAAUCCAUGUGAUCAUUUCGAUUUAUUUUUUUUUUCACAUGGUAUAGUUUUUUCUCAUCUUCUAUAACUCAUCGUUCUACCGCACUAAUCGACGAGCUUGCCCUAUUCUUUCCAGGUUCUUAUUUUUCUUUACUUUCAGACAAGAUUCUUUUCGACAGAAAAGUAAAAAGAAUCUUGUGUGAAUUUCAAGAUGACAAGAAUCUCGUCUAAUUAAUCAGAAAUAAAAGAAUCAGGCAAGAAUCAUAAGAAAUUCAAGAUGUAUUUAACGUUCAGACAAGAAUCUUUUUCUUUUCUUUUAAAAAGAAUCUUGUCUGAAAAUUAUGAAAAAACAGAAACUGAAAAGAAAUAUAAGAUAUUUUUAAUUUCUUAGUAUUCAGGCAAGAUACUUGUGAUAGGAAAGAAAAAGAUUCUUGCCAGCUUUCCAAGAUCAACGGCACGUGAUGUCGUCUUUGUAUGAUAGAAUAUAUAAAGACAAUGUUUGAACGUUAUUUAUUCAUUAUUAGUUCGAUAGGUAGCACAAUUCACUUCGAACAUGUACUUUUCCUAAAGUGUUUAUUUCAUUCAAACGACAUCUAUCAACUCAUUAUUUCAAUUGGAAGUAUAGAAAAAGUUUCCAUUCGAUGUCGAGAAAACAAUGGAAUAUAUGAUAUCUUUUUUUCAUUGUUUUCAGAAAAAUUACACUUAUUAAACACAUUUCGAUAUUUUACUUAUCAAUAUUUUUUUAUUUUCUUUUUUUUUAGAUUUUCUUUUAUUAUCCACAAAAGUGUUGUUUUUUUUAAUGGACGAAGGAAAUCUCAAUUCGUUCAAAAAAUUGUUGUUUGAUAAUGCUCUUGGUAAUAUAGGUAAUAUUUAUAUGUACUUUAUAUCUUUUUGACUCGCAUACUAUUUUUUUUUAGAGUCAUCACCACAUACGGAUAAACAACGUCGAUGGCGUGCUAAAAAAAGAAUCAACAUCAUCGUACUCAAUCAUCGCCACAUCGUUUACUACUUGAACAAAUUAAUGAAUCACAUCAAUAUUCAUCUGAUAUUAAUGAAAAUUUUGAAAAUAAUGUUACUGUUGAUAAUCGAAUAUUUGAUGAUAAUAUGGUUGUUCAUAAUUCACCUAUGGACGAUACACAUUCUGAUGUUACAUGUGCUGGUGGUACAUUUAAUGAUGAUAAACUUGUUCAUGAUUCACUUAUGGAUGAUACACAUGGUGAUGUUUUACGUACUGGUGUUACAUUUAAUGAUGAUAUACAUGGUGAUGUUAUACGUGCUGAUGUUACAUUUAAUGAUGAUACACAUGGUGAUGUUACAUGUGCUGGUGGUACAUUUAAUGAUGAUACACUUGUUCAUGAUUCAUUUAUGGAUGAUACACAUGCUGAUGCUACAUGUGCUGGUAUUACAUUUAAUGAUGAUAUACACGGUGAUGUUGUACGUGCUGGUGUUAUAUUUAAUGAUGAUAUACAUGGUGAUGUUAUACGUGCUGGUGUUACAUUUAAUGAUGAUACACAUGGUGAUGUUACAUGUGCUGGUGGUACAUUUAAUGAUGAUACACUUGUUCAUGAUUCAUUUAUG